UUCUUCUGGCUUAAAGGAAGUGAGGAAGAGACCAUGAAGACGCCACCUCUCUGGAUGGCUCUGCUGUUGUGUCUGAUGGGACUAUUCACAGGACCUUUCCAGGUGUGCUGCCUCCUAGAGGUUCCCCUCACCAUGUUCGAUGACUCUGUGGAUGACCAGUACAUUGACUGCAGCCCCACGAGGGAGGCCAGGCUGCAGAAGCAGGGAUACCUGCCUUUGGAGGAGAAGUAUCGGCAGACCUGGGAAAAUGCCAGCCGGCACUGGGCCCAGCUUGGCCAAGCUGCCGGCAGUUUCAAUCCGACCUACGGGACUGCAAUUGUGGCCUAUACAGUUGGCGACAACCUGUACGGCGAUUUCAAUGCAGCUGUACGGGAGGCUGGGAAGUCCCAAUCCUCUUACCAGUCCUUCACCUUCAGCGAAUUCCACUUCCUCCUAACCAAGGCUGUUCAGAGCAGGGGGACCAAGCCCAGCUGCUACGAGGUCUUCCGCGGGAUAACCGGUGUCCACUUCACUGUCUCCAAAAAGUUGGUCCGCUUCGGGCAGUUCGCUUCCUCAUCACUGGAGAAAAAGGUGGCCCAGGAAUUCGGCGAAGACACCUUCUUCCUUAUCAGAACCUGCCACGGGGUGCAAAUCGAUGACCUCUCGUUCCACCCACACCAGGAGGAAGUCCUCAUCCCACCCUAUGAGGUGUUCAGCGUAGCCAACCACAGCAAGAGCCCCAGGGGAGUCACCAUCAGGCUGGAGUCUGAGGGCCGUUUCAGCAACUUCAACUGUGGAGUCAGGAGCGCUGCGGGUCAGAGCCUCUUAACUCCUGUGGGGACGCCUUUCUUUCUGUGGGGACUGCUUCUGACCUGGUGCAUCCUUGGGCCUCUAGGAAGCCUCUGACAACCAGGCCAUCUUGGGAUAGUGCAUUUGUAUAGUGGGAGGAGAACAGGGUUAAUGUGCAAAACAAUAA